UACGCAGAACCAUAUAGAGCGUCGUCAUACAUGGGUUUGGGUGACUAUUAUCGUCGUAUAAUAUUUUGACAGAUUGAGAAUAACAUUUGUCUCGAAAGUCAUCAUAAGCUACUGCAAAGCAGUACACACAAAGUAGAAAGGCCAGGGUGAAGCGUAUAUAGUAUAUCAAAACGCAAACAGAGUAACGAACAGAAAAGAAGAAUAGAGAGAAGAAAAAAAAACACACAACAAGAAACAAAACAACAUUCAUUAAAAAAAAUUAUCCGUAUUUCGUCUAAUCAAAAUCAAUGUGUAAAUUUGUGUAAAAGAAAUCUAUAACGUUUUAAAAUUGUUUACGCGUCUGUUCUAUUAUAUAUAUUUUUUUUGCGUUUUCGGGUGAUAUUGAUGUGUUUUAUUUAGUUUAAAGAACCAAGUGCAACAAAAAUAAAAAAAAGAAAAUAACAAAAUCCAUAGAACUGAUUCCGAUAAGUAAUUUUUUCAAAAGAUUUCAUACAAAAUAAGAAAGAAAGAUGUCAUCAUUCUUCAAUGUUAGCUCGUUGGCCGGCAAUGUAUUUUCUACACCAAUUGGACAGCGUAUUGAACAUGCGACGGACGCAUCACUUGCCUCCGAAAAUUGGGCGCUCAACAUGGAAAUUUGCGAUAUGAUAAACGAAUCAUCGGAUGCGGCACGUGAUGCAAUGAAAGCUAUACGCAAGCGAUUAUCACAAAAUGCCGGUAAAAAUUAUACAGUAAUCAUGUAUACAUUAACGGUACUCGAAACAUGCGUUAAAAAUUGUGGCAAAGCAUUUCAUGUGCUUGUCGCAAACAAAGAAUUCAUACAAGAUUUGGUGAAAUUAAUUGGACCAAAAAAUGAUCCACCGGCCGUUGUGCAGGAGAAGGUAUUGAAUUUGAUACAAAUUUGGGCCGAUGCAUUUCGAUCACAACCGGAUUUGAAUGGUGUCGUUCAAGUAUAUCAAGAGCUGAAGAGUAAAGGCAUUGAAUUUCCUGUUGCCGAUUUGGAUGCAAUGGCACCCAUCUACACACCACAACGGAGUGUGCCAGAGAGUGCAUCACCACCGAUUGUUUUAUCGGCAUCUCCAAAGAAUCAGCCAGAUGUAACACAAGCCACAGUGCCAGCUGUUACCAUUCCAACUGGGCCGGUUAUACUUUCACCCGAACAAAUUACCAAAUUACAGUCGGAACUUGAAAUUGUCUCAAUGAACAUGGCCAUUUUUGGCGAAAUGUUGACUGCACUUAAACCGGGACAAGAAGAUCCAACUGAUUACAAGCUUCUCGCCGAUUUAGGUCAAACUUGCAGUGAAAUGCAGAGCCGAAUAGUCGAUCUAAUCGGCCGUGUCACACACGAUGAAAUAACCGCUGAAUUAUUGCGACUAAACGAUGAACUAAAUAAUUUAUUUUUGCGAUACCAACGCUAUGAAAAGAAUCGUGACCCGAAAAAUUCAUCGACACCAUCAGCUAUACUUGGAGCCGCAUUGCGUGCUACCAGUGAUGGUAGAGAUAAGGAUUCGUUGAUCGAUUUGGAGGAUUCAGGCGAAUCCAAUGAUAAAAUUUCCAACAAAUUUUCGGGAUUAUCUGUUGGUGGAAUGGCAAGCUCACAACUAUCACAAAUUAAUAAUGUUACAGCUCAAUCAGGCAGCAAGGAUGUCGAUGAAUUCGAUAUGCUGGCGCAAUCGAGAAAUGAUGCUAAGACUGGUACACCUUCGAAAGGCGCCAAAAAAUCCGAAAUGGUUAGCAUGGCUAAUGCCAGUGAAAAUGAGCUCGAUGAAAUGGCAGCUUGGUUGAAGAGUGCCGAUGCAAAUGAAAAAGGUCCCGAGGAUAGUUUGACCAGUACCGAAUUUGAGAGAUUUUUAGCUGAACGUGCUGCUGCCGCUGAUAAUUUACCAAAUAUUGCAAACAAUGAUUCGAAUAGUCAAGCACCAAAAAAAAAUUCAACAUCGAAAAAGGCCGAAGAUAGCUUACUACUUUAGAAAUAUAUUAUAUAAAUUUAACCAUAUUAAUUCUACACUAACCUUGAUCAAUUGGAAACAUAGAAACGCAGAACCAAAACGAAAAACAGAAAAUGAUGAAACAAAAAUAAUACGCAAUUUUUUUUUUAAAUAAAUGAUUUAAUAUGACACGAGAACAAUUCACAAUAGAACCGUACAUUAUCAUUCCACAAUGAUAUUGAUCAACUUGAUAUAUAGCAAGGAAAUGAAUCUAUUAUUUAUACAUAUAUAUAUAUAUAUAUAUUUAUUAUUUAAUAUUUGUGAAUAAUUUUAUUGUAUUUGAUGAAAGUGUCAAGCUUACAUGUGUUAUAUUUUUUAUUUAAAAAAAAUCAAAAGAAAAAAAACGAAAGAAAAAAAGUAGGCAAACCAACACACGAAAAUCGAAAUAUAGACAUCCGCAUGUCUUUUAUAUAUAUUUUUCAUAAUUCAACGUUUUGACUUUCUUUUUAACGUUUACUUAUUGAAAUGAAAUACAUGUUUUGACGUAUAUUUAAUAUAUUAAAAAUCGCAUGUAAAAAAAUAUUGCAAAACAGCAACAAAAAUGGUGACAAAUCAU